CUGAAGAUCUGAAGGUCCCUGGUUCAAUCCCGGGUCGAGGCAUUCUUUUCCCUAUCUUCAUGCAUUAUCAAUAUAAAAGUGCUGCGCUUCAAUCGAUUUUUUGUACACUUCAAAUUUCUGUAGCAAAUUCAUUCUGUGUCUCGGUCAACAAACGCCUUUUCCCACAUACAGACAAAGUUUUUUCAAGUUUUACUCUCGGGCAGUCGACUUCAAACUGGUUUUCAAAUGGAAAAUAUUGAUUAGCGGUACUGCGGGUUGAAUACUGAUAUAUCACAAGCUGAAGCCAAGGUGGCAACUAUCGAAAAUCUUCAAUAUGGUUGCUCUUAUGACGGCUUGCAGUCGGGUUUUUUAUAAAGAUUUCCUUCUGCGUGUGAGGCAUUCAUCAUCGCCUAGCUUGUACACUUCACAUCAAAGUCCUGAUAUUUUUACAAGAUGCAAAUUGCACACUAUUAAUGGAUUGAAAUAUAAAAGAAAUAAAAAUGCAUAUCUCAUCAAUGUGCAAUCAUGGUCUUCUCUGCAUACUGCAUCAAAAUUUCGUUCGUCAGAAGUAACCAAUAACCAGAAAGAGAGUAAUAAUGUCAAGGAUCAUAGGAAUGUACCAACAGCGUCUGAAGUUUCACGAUUAUUUUCAUUGGCUAGACCAGAAGCAAAAAAGCUAGCAGGAGCAAUCACUCUGCUUGGAAUUAGCAGUUCUGUCACCCUUGCUGUACCCUUCUGCAUGGGACGUCUCAUUGAUCUUGUGCAAGUGGCUGCAUCUCAGGGUGGAAUGGAAGACACAUUAAUGAAAGUUGCAAUAGGACUGUCAACCAUAUUUGUCAUUGGUGCUGCAGCAAAUGCUGGAAGAGUUUAUCUUUUGCAGCUAUCAGGUCAGAACAUCAUGAAAAAACUGAGGGAACGAGUAUAUUCAUCUAUUCUCGGACAAGAAAUUGCAUUCUUCGAUUCUUCAAGAACUGGGGAAUUAAUCAACAGACUUUCUGCAGACACAGAGCUCGUCAGUUCAUCAGUUACUCAGAAUGUAUCAGAUGGAUUGAGAUCGCUUGCUCAGAUUAUUGCUGGAAUUGGCAUGAUGUUCUUCAUGUCUGCUGAUUUAGCAAAGGUUGUAUUGAGUGUAGUCCCACCUGUUGCUGUCACUGCUAUCAUAUAUGGAAGGUUUGUAAGGAAUAUUACACAAAAGACACAAACUGCACUCGCUGAAUCAACCCAGAUUGCAGAGGAAAAAAUAAGUAACAUAAGAACGGUGAGGGCAUUUGCUCGCGAAUCUGUUGAAUGUCAAAAUUAUUCUGAAAUGGUUUCAAAAGUUCGAAAUUAUGGAAGAAGGGAAGCAGUAGCCAAAGCAAUAUUUUUCGGUUUGAUGGGCUUAUCGGGCAAUUCUAUCAUGCUACUUGUUUUAUACUAUGGAGGUUUAAUGAUGCAAUCAUCUGUUAUUACCGUUGGAGAUUUAUCAGCAUUUUUACUUUAUGCCGGAUAUGUCGGGAUUUCUAUUGGAGGACUGAGCAGCUUUUACACAAAUAUUAAUAAAUCUCUUGGUGCUUCAACAAGGUUGUGGCAACUUGCAGAUCGAAAUCCACUUAUUCCUGUUAAUGAGGGUGUAAUUCCCAACAUAUCACUGAAGAACAGCAAUAUCAUAUUCGACAAUGUAAAUUUUACAUAUCCAACAAGAGACGAAUAUCAGAUCUUCAACAAUCUUAAUCUAACUGUAAAAGCUGGAUCAGUAACAGCUGUUGUUGGGUCAAGUGGUUCAGGUAAAUCUACAAUUGGAUCAUUGUUAUUAAGAUAUUAUGAACCAAACACCGGUUCUAUCAAGAUUGGAGAUUUUGAUUUGAAAACAAUCAAUCCCACAUGGAUUCGCUCACAUAUUGGUACAGUAAGUCAGGAACCAAUCUUGUUCUCUGGUUCAGUUCGUGAAAAUAUUUCAUAUGGUGCUGAAGAUGCAAGUUUAGUAACAGAAGAUCAACUGAUAGAAGUAUCGAAACAAGCAAAUAUUUAUAGUUUUAUAUCUGAAUUGCCUGAUGGUUUUGAUACAUUAGUUGGAGAAAGAGGAAUCACAUUAUCUGGGGGACAAAGACAACGAAUAUCAAUUGCUCGGGCUUUGUUGAAAAAUCCACAGAUACUAGUAUUGGAUGAAGCGACUAGUGCAUUGGAUGCAGAGAGCGAGCAUUUGGUUCAAGAAGCGUUGGACAGAUUAAUGGUUGGAAGAACGACAAUUACAAUUGCUCACCGAUUAUCGACUAUAAAACAUGCAAAUGUCAUCGCAGUUUUGUCACAAAAUAAUCGAAAUGGUACAAGUAUUGCUGAAUUAGGCUCUUAUGAACAACUUAUGAAAAUAGAUGACGGAAUUUUCAGGAAAUUAGUGGAGAGACAAACUCAGAGUGUAUCAUAGUUUUUUGUAUUAAAUCAGGGGUGUGCAACCUCGGACACGGGGCCAAAUGCGAUCCCCGCAGAAAAGUGCCAAUUUUGAAUGGUGUGCUGCCCAUGAAACGAGUUUUUAAUUUAGUGUAAUCUGGUACGUGCGAGCAAUUCCAAUGACUUUAAAAAUGUACUUCGCUGUUCGCACUAUGAGGGUUUACACGUUUGGUAUGCUUAUUUCAUUAUUGCUGUGCUGAUAGUCAAUGACAAAAUAUGGUAUUAAAUGCAAAUUUUAUCAUAUGCAAAUAUAUUAAUUUGUUAUAUUGAGAUUUCUACUUUUCAUAUAAAAACUCCCAUUACAUUUUAAAUUUUAUGUUAUUUGCCAAUGCUUGGUUGUUGCUCGCUGCUUCAAAAUAUCUGUUCUGUAUUUUGAAUAAAUUUUGAUUUGCAAGAAAUGAAGCUAAGAGAUUAAUUAUACCAGACUCACCUAACUCGUACGAAAGGCAGUCAUAUCUACUUUGUUUACACAUAUGUUCCAAGCUUGGGACAAUCAUUAUACCUUCACACUUAUUUACCCCCAAAAAGUAAUACAUUUUAUUUACUAUUAAAAUUUCCAAGUGUUACUACUUAUUUUGUUGUAAUUCCGUUUUAAAAAAAUCGUGAAUCAUAA